GGCACCUGGCCGGGCUGCUGGCAUCAGGCACUGCCUGCGCCAACGUCUACAGAGGCUUCUCAGACUGCGUCCUCAAGCUGGGGGAGAACAUGGCCAUGUACGAGGAGGCGAAUGGCAUCGAGCUGCAGGGCUUGCACCAAGUCUGUGGGUACUGGGAUGAAUUUCAUACGUGUGCCCUGACAGCGCUCUGGGAGUGCCAGAAGGAAGCAGCAGCCAUCUGGGAGAUGCUGAGAAAAGAGUCUCAAAAAAUCAAAUUUCAAGGUAGCUUGUUUGACCUCUGCAGCCCCAGCACGGCCCAAAGCUUUGCCUGGACCCCCGUUCCCAACGUUUCCAUCCUCGGCAUCCCCCUCAUUGUCACCUGGCUGAACUCAUAAGCUGCAGCUCUGUAA